GAUCAGUUUGAUAACUUGGACAAGCAUACACAGUGGGGCAUUGACUUCUUGGAGAAAUAUGCAAAAUUUGUAAAAGAAAGGAUAGAAAUUGAGCAAAACUAUGCAAAACAACUAAGGAAUCUGGUUAAGAAGUACUGUCCUAAACGUUCACCCAAAGAUGAGGAACCCAGGUUUACUUCGUGUAUUGCCUUUUUUAACAUCCUUAAUGAGCUGAAUGACUAUGCAGGACAACGAGAAGUAGUUGCAGAAGAAAUGGGACACAGAGUGUACGGAGAAUUGAUGAGAUAUUCUCAUGAUCUAAAAACUGAGAGAAAAAUGCAUCUUCAGGAAGGGCGAAAGGCUCAACAGUAUCUGGACAUGUGCUGGAAACAGAUGGAUAAUAGCAAAAAGAAAUUUGAGAGAGAAUGCAGAGAAGCAGAGAAGGCACAGCAAAGCUACGAAAGACUGGACAAUGACACUAAUGCGACAAAGGCUGAUGUUGAGAAGGCUAAGCAACAGUUAAACCUGCGCACACAUAUGGCUGAUGAAAACAAAAAUGAAUAUGCUGCACAACUACAGACUUUUAAUGGGGAACAGCACAAACACUACUACAUUGUCAUUCCUCAAAUUUACAAGCAACUUCAAGAAAUGGAUGAAAGAAGGACUGUCAAACUUAGUGAAUGUUACAAAGGCUUUGCUGACUCUGAGCGCAAGGUUAUUCCGAUUAUCUCUAAAUGUUUAGAAGGGAUGAUCCUUGCAGCAAAAUCAGUUGAUGAACAUAGAGACUCUCAACUAGUGAUAGACUGCUUCAAAUCCGGUUUUGAACCUCCUGGAGAUUUUCCAUUUGAAGAUUACAGUCAGAAUAUUUACAGAACUAUCUCUGAUGGAACCAUCAGUACACCAAAGCAGGAAGGAAUGAGAAUCGAUUCAAAAACUACAGUGGGCAAGGCUAAAGGAAAGCUGUGGCUAUUUGGAAAGAAGCCAAAGGGCCCUGCACUAGAAGACUUCAGCCAUCUCCCUCCAGAACAAAGACGCAAGAAACUGCAACAGAGAAUCGAUGAACUUAACAGAGAACUACAGAAGGAAACAGACCAGAAAGAUGCCCUCAUCAAGAUGAAGGAUGUUUAUGAAAAAAAUCCCCAGAUGGGUGAUCCAGGCAGUUUGCAACCAAAAUUAACUGAAACUAUGAGCAACAUGGACCGUCUUCGGAUGGAAAUACACAAGAACGAGGCCUGGCUCUCUGAAGUUGAAGGUAAAGUAGCGGCCAGAAGCGACAGGCGGCACAGCAGUGAUAUCAACCACCUUGUAACACAAGGCAGAGAGAGCCCUGAAGGGAGUUACACAGAUGAUGCAAAUCAGGAAGUUCGAGGCCCAGCACAGCAACAUGCACAUUCAAAUGAGUUUGAUGAUGAGUUUGAAGAUGAUGAUCCGUUACCAGCUAUAGGACAUUGCAAGGCAAUAUAUCCAUUUGAUGGUCAUAAUGAAGGCACUCUAGCAAUGAAAGAAGGGGAAAUUUUGUACAUUAUUGAGGAGGACAAAGGAGAUGGGUGGACAAGAGCUCGAAGACAUAAUGGAGAGGAAGGCUAUGUGCCAACAUCAUAUAUAGAUGUAACGCUAGAGAAAAACAGCAAAGGUUCCUGAAGCGGGUUUCUGAGAAAAUGGGCGAGAUCUUGAAGGAGGUUACAUGCAGCUGCUGGGGGGGGUGGGGGGUGGGGGUGCUAGACUGGGAGGCCCAAGGGGAAAAGCUAGUUGCAUGAAUGCAUGCAGACAUACAUUUAGUCACUAACAUCUUAGCAUCUCCAUACAUAGGUAAGGAUAUAUUUACAAAUUCUUCAAUUUGUGCGGGAAAACAGAGUUCCAUUACCAGAGUGAAAA